AUGACCUUUCUUUCUGUUGAAGGGACCCCAGACAACCUGUUGAUCGAUUACCAGUUUACCUUCAGUUUGCUGCAGGAGGACGACCGUCACUACACGGCCAUCAACUUCAUGGCGACACCUGAACAGGCCAACAAAAAUCUCGACAUGUCCAUCAACGCCUCCAACAACUUCAACCUCAACAUCACCUGGUCGUUAAGCUCCACAGCCGGCACCAUCUCGGGUGAAGAGAUGCCCAUCAUCGCUCGGACCAACAUCAAGGAGCACAGAGACAGUCUCUCCUGCGAAAAGUUCAACUUCAGGCUUCACCACAACAUCACCUUCUACGUCUACGUGUCCAACUUCAGCUGGCCAAUCAAGAUCCAGAUCGCUUUCUCUCAGCACAACAGCAUCAUGGACCUGGUGCAGUUCUUCGUCACCUUCUUCAGCUGUUUCCUGUCCCUGUUACUCGUCGCUGCCGUGGUUUGGAAAAUCAAACAGACCUGCUGGGCCUCGAGAAGACGAGAGUACGUGUCAGCGCUGCACUCUGUCCAAUAA